AUGCGCAUGGCUCAGACAUACGAAACGGCAAGUCACGUUAUUAUCCUCUCGGAAGAGCUUCUGAUGGGCAAUCUGCCAGCAUCGCCUUUGCAGGCCCUGUAUAUGAUUUUCUACAGCAAGUGGAUGACGAGACUCUGGACAUUACAAGAAGCAAUACUAGCCAGAAGGCUACUCUUCCGGUUUCGAGAUCAGCCAAUCACUUUCUCAACGCUAAGUGAUGCGAUAAUCGAGUCUCCGGAAGCGCCACUGGUUAACGAGCAUUCACUGUCACCUAUGGCGGGACUAAACAUGCUCACACAGAUGCGCCUUUUUGAGGGUGAAGAAUCAAACAGUCAAGGUACAAGAAGAACGCUUUCACUCGACGAUCUGCUAUGGGCCUUGCAGCCACGCAGUCACUUGCAUCCGAUUCUUGCCGCCCCCGAUAACAUGAAAAUGCAGGCUUUCUGGGCGUCCCCGGGUGAAAUUCCCGUGGGUGUACUCUGGGCCAGAGGAGCACGAAAUCUCCUCAACCCUUUGACAAGACAGUCUCUGCUGGGAGCACACGCCGAUGAAACCACGCCAGCAACAAUGACACCAGGAGGACUAGUCAUUUCGGGUGUUGCAGUAUUCCUAAUGGAGAAACUGCCUUUGGGUGACGGAAGUCUACCAGCGUUGGUGUUUGACUUUUAUUCCGUGGUCACAGACUUUAACAUAUUCAUACGAAUCCAUGUGGAGGAAGGAAUAUCGCCACGGGCCGAAAUUUGGGCAAGAGAUCAAUUUCUGCUGCUUGUGGAGGAGUUUGAGUACACCAAGGCUAUGAGAUGCGCUUGUGUGGCCCUCCCGUUGCAAUCCCUGGAGACUGUACGAGACAAGGAGCAGCUUGUUAAAACACGGUACCUCCUGAAUGCAGGAAUCGAGGUUAUGGAAGAGGGAAGCCUAUCAAGCGAGGACAGGUUGCGUCCAGCUGUAAAGAUUGCGCAGGUCUUCGAAUCGUCGCAAAGCUGGAUCAUGACGUGA